GUCACAGAAACAGAAGACAUGGGUUUCUUUGUGAGUGCUCCAACUGCAUGUGCUCUCAUCUUUGCUGCGAUCUUGGCUUUGCAUGGACCUUGUUUCGCUUCGCCUGAAGCAUCAGGAGAAGCGAAAGAGUUGUACAUCGUCUACCUGGGGGAGAGGCAACAUGAAGAUGCUGAUCUUGUCACUGCCUCACACCACACCAUGCUGGCUUCACUUCUCGGCAGCAAGGAAUUGGCUUCCGAAUCCAUUGUCUACAGCUAUAAGCAUGGAUUUUCAGGCUUUUCUGCAAUGCUCACUGAAUCGCAAGCAAGAAACAUCAGAGGGCUGCCUGGAGUUGUGAGUGUGUGGAUGAACCAGAUGCAUACCAUGGUCACAACUCGUAGCUGGGACUUCAUGGGGCUGCCCUAUAAUCAGAAAAACGGACUGCUGGCAGAUGCCAACAUGGGAGAUGGGAUCAUCAUCGGAGUUAUUGAUUCAGGUAUCUGGCCAGAGUCACCAAGCUUUGAUGACACUGGCUAUGCUCCUCCUGCUGCGAAAUGGAAGGGGAUUUGCCAAUCGGGCAUGUCCUUCAGUGCUAAGAACUGCAACAGAAAGAUCAUUGGUGCAAGAUGGUAUGCUGACGUUGUUAACAAAAGCCAACUUGAAGCUGAAUUCCUGUCCCCCAGAGAUUUUAAUGGCCAUGGCACCCAUGUGGCCUCAACAGCGGCUGGCAAUGUUGUCCACAACAUUAGCCUUUAUGGUCUGGCAUCCGGUGUUGCACAGGGUGGUGCCCCGAAAGCUCGCAUUGCUGUCUACAAGGCUUGCUGGAGCGUCGCUGCACCACCGGCCGCUGCAACGUGCAGCGAGGCAGCCGUGAUCAAGGCAAUAGAUGAUGCCAUACAUGAUGGAGUUGACAUCCUGUCACUCUCCAUACUCAGCUUAACAGGGCACAUUCCAGCAUUUCAUGCGGUUGCGAAGGGCAUACCGGUGAUAUAUGCAGCUGGGAAUUAUGGGCCAUAUGCCCAGACAGUAUACAAUGUUGCUCCAUGGCUGUUAACGGUUGCAGCAUCGACGAUGGAUCGGCUGUUCCCUACUGCUGUCACCCUUGGAGAUGGACAAACGAUUGUGGGGCAAUCCUUAUUUGUGGCAACAGGAAAAGCAAAUCAUUUUCACAAGCUCAAGCUCUAUGUUAAUGACAUGUGUAAUUUGACUAUUGCAAAUAGUACAGAUAUGGAGGGGAACAUCAUCCUUUGCUUUAAUGUCAACUCUGUUUUCACUCCCACACAAUUGCUUAACUUAGCAUCUGCAGUGAUAAAAAAUGGAGGGGAAGGAUUUAUUUUCACACAGCAAAGUAGUGACUUUCUUGCUCCUUGGCAGUUUCUCGCUUUAACCAUCCCAUGUGUUGCUGUUGAUUCAGAGGUUGCCUUCAAGAUUUCUGAAUAUUUCAGCACAGCUCAGAACCCACGGGCAAAGAUUUCACUAAGUCAAACAACAACUGGAAGAGGAAUUCCUGCUCCAAAGAUUGCUGCUUUCUCAUCUAGGGGCCCAAGCUUCAUCUAUCCUACAGUUCUCAAGCCUGAUAUUGCUGCACCUGGGGUGAAUAUUUUAGCAGCAGCACCACAGGUUGGCAUUUACAAAGAACUGGGGCUCCCCUAUUUCUUUGAUUCAGGGACAUCAAUGUCUUGCCCACAUGUAUCCGGCAUCGUGGCCUUGCUCAAGUCAGUCCACCCAGACUGGUCACCUGCUGCUCUUAAAUCAGCAAUCAUGACAACCGCACACAUUACGGAUAACAAUGGUCUCCCGCUGAUAGCUGAUGGAACCCCAAACAAGAUCGCAGAUCCUUUCGAUUACGGAGCUGGCUUUGUUAAUCCGACUCAGGCAAGCGACCCUGGACUUGUAUAUGACAUCGAUCCUUCGGAUUACCAAAUGUUAUUCAACUGCAUGAUCGGGUCAAAUGCAAAUAGCAGCUGCACAACAAUUGAACGCUCUUUAUCUGACCUUAAUCUCCCAUCAAUUGCCAUUCCCAAUCUCAAGACAUCACAAACAUUAUCAAGGACAGUCACCAACGUGGGCCAACCUGAUGCAGUGUAUAAAGCAUUUCUUCAACCUCCUGCUGGCGUUGACAUGCUAGUUGAACCUACGAUGUUAGUGUUUGAUAAAGCCACGAGGUCACAGUCUUUCAAGGUAACAUUGAAGGCAAAGCGAAGAUUCCAAGGCGACUAUACGUUUGGUAAUCUGGCUUGGCAUGAUGGAAGCAGCCAUUGGGUCCGUAUCCCGAUUGCUGUUCGUGUUGUAAUCGAAGAUUUCUAUUCGACCGUGUCCUGAACCAUAGCUAUAUAUAGGCUUGUGAACAAAACAUGAUGUAUGUAUUGGGUAAGCAUGCACUUUUAGUUUGUUUAUGUUUCUGUUGUGGGAAUAACAGUAAGAUGGCAACUAUUAUUGUCUACUAGGAUUUCAUUUAUGAGAAUAAAGAUAUAGUUGUGUAUUUUUUAAUACUAAUAUUAUGUGUUUUUCACAUUAAUA